AGUCAUUGUCCACAAAAAGGAAAAACGUCACUAGUAGAUAAAAUCACAAGGUUAGAAAAAAUGAUAAUAUUUUAAAGUUAGAUAUCGUGUGCGAGUAUUUAUUUAGAGUCCUGUGAUAUGGAGAAGAAACCGUCCAAAAUGGAGCGUUCGCUGGAGCAGCACUACGUGAUAAAUUUUGCUUUCGCCUGAGCAAAACCGCUUCCUUGCCGUGGUUAAGGAAGCUUACAAAGACGACACCCUGUCAAGGGCUCAGGUUUUCCGGUGGUUCAGUGAGUUCAAGAAUGGACAGGAGACAGUUGAAGACAUGGAGUGAUCUGGACACCCUUCAACGAGUGGUUUGGAUGAAAAUGUGGCCAAGGUAAAAAAUCCCUUGUACUCAGAUUGUUGUUUGAGUAUAAGAUUAAUUGCCGAAGAUCUAAACAUGUGCCAAACAAGUUCCCAAAAUUAUUUCUGAAAAUUUGAACAUAGGGAAGGUUUGUGUGAAAUUGGUGCCAAAAGUGGUAAGUCAUGAAUAAAAACGAUGAGUUGAAGUUUCCUGUGAUGAUGUUGGUGCCUUUAGAAAGUGAAUUGGACUUUCUAGACAACGUAAUAACAGACGAUGAAUCAUGGGUGUUCCAGUAUGACCCUGAAACCAAGCGCCAAAGUUGGGAGUGGCACACCUCAAACUCCCCGCGCCGCAAGAAAGCAAGAAUGUCGAAGUCCAAGAUGGGUGCGCAAGGAGUGAUUCCGGAUCUAGUGAAACUUAUCAGAGUAAAGGAGGAGACAGCCGAGAUUUUGAGUAACAGUGUUGCUGAUAAUGGGGAAGCUUUGAAUUACCAAGUGAAAACAGAAAAAGAUUAUCCAGCAGACGAUUCAACGUCUGGUACUUGCUACGGUGCAAGUAAUAUUAAGACUGAAGUGAACCACAACUAUAUGUUUUACAACGACCAAAUAAGUAGUGAGGGAGAAGAGUUUCUAGACAUAAAUGAUGUUAAAAAUCCGCUCAGAACAAAUACAAAUGGAGCAUUUCAGCAGUUUCAGAACCAUCCAAACAGAGGCUUUGCACCAGAAAAUAUUAGCUUUCUGAAUGGCAGGUCGUCACACGUAACUAGCGUUCAAGAAGAGCGACAGAGUUCCCAAAGUCGUGGUGACUUUUGCGAGUGUGACGUGUGCGGUUCAUUUUUCCGUGACACAGCGGGGAAGAACAGUAGUGACAGGUCACGUGGUUCUGCUAACAUGUGUCCAUUGUGCAGGAUACAAGAAAGCAAUCAAACUAUUCCAAAAUUGCUAAGCACUAGUACGUUCUCACCAACAUGCAGACAUCCAUGUGUUAAGAAAUGGUUUGGGCAGUAUGACUUCAAUGUUUGUUUAUGUACAACAAAUCAAAAAAUGGGUUGCACGUUCUCGCCACUGUUGAAUAAGCUGUUCACCGUCAUGAACUACCCCAUUGGCAUUCAGUUCAAGUGCAGUUGGGCCAGACCGGACCUCUACGUGCGGGCUGUUCCCGUCUUCCUGAACGACGUCGCUGAGCCCGUGGUUCGAUGCCUCCACCACAUGCGGCCUUCAGAAGAAACGAACACUGGAUUCCCGCAUGUGGACCACGUGAUACGCUGCGAACACGACACGUGCUCGUACGAGCGGGACGAGAGCAGCGGCCGGCUGAGCGUGGUGGCGCCCCUCGGCAGCCCGCCGCCGGGAUCGGACGUCGUCAGCUUCUUGUACAGGUUCAUGUGCAAGACCAGCUGCCAGGGGAGCAUGAACCGCCGGCCCAUUCAGGUCGUAUUCACCUUGGAGACUCCCGACAAGGAAGUGGUUGGUCGGGACACGCUGCUGGUGCGAGUGUGCAGUUGCCCCGUGAGGGACAUGAGGAAGGAGGAGUGUCGAAACACCACGUGCGCCGACAAGCUGCCCCUGCGAACCGGGAACCUCCCAGCACUGUUGCAACCUUGUGAACUCUGCAAGAAACCCAGACUGGAAGAGGAUGGUCUAACCUAUAUUCCUGUGUAUGGCGACAGUAGCGUGGUGAAGAAAGCUGCCUCGUUGUUGCGUGCCAAUUUGAUUGGCGAAAAAUUGGCAGAAGGUCUGGAGUUGACCAAAAAAGACAAAAUGAAUUGGAAGAUCUUCAAUCAGUUAAUUUGUGAUGGUGCGGGGCCAUCGGGAAGCUGAGUUUAUCACACAUGAACAAAGAGCAAAGAUACAUUUAUACCUGUCGCCUUAAAUACAUACAUCUUUCUGGAAGAUCAAACUACAUUUUUGGAAGAAUUUACGUGGCAGCAUUUGAUAGGUAGUGUUGAGUGACACUGAACAAUUAUGUGCUGACUAAUGUCAGCUAUUAGAGUUUUCUCCAGUUGUACAACAUGCGCACAGAAAAACAUCCACCGAUAUAAACACAGAAUAACAGGGAACAUUCUUUUUUGUUGGAUUGAUUAUGAAUUAGAUUAGUCCCUUUAGUUUCACUGAAGUAAAGUGAUCAGAAUACCGUGGAUUUGAAGCAACUUUUAACCAAUUUUUCCCAGUGUAAUAAAUUCUCAAUAUUAUCCGUUUCAUUAUAAUAAAUUAAUUUUUAUUAGUACUACAAUAAUAAAAUUUCGUUAAUUUACCAAUGUUUUACUUACUGAAUUUCUAUUAUUUUAAGGUUACUCCCAACAUGGUUAUGUUACUGCUAGGGACAAAUUAUAUGUGAAUUGCGAUAAAACCGAAAUAACAUUGAAAAACAUGUCAAUAAACCAUAUAAUACUGAAAUGCAAAUUAAUACACCGUAAAAUACUUAAAUGCAGCAAAUAUAUUAAAUAAAUCAGCAUUUUUAAUUGAAAUAUUAACUCAAUUCACAAAACCAUAAUUUUUCAAUAUAUUAAAUUCAAAGAUUUUAAUUUAUUUAGCAUGAUGUUUAUACCAAAAUGUACUUAAUAAAUAGAUUUCAAAUUUA